GGUGCAGAGCCGUUGGCUGGAAGACUCUGAUGAGUUUUGGCCCAUGCAGCCAUCUCCGAUGCUGCUCCGCACCAUUGAAGAGGUGGAGACGUUCUCCUUCAAAGUGGAUCAGGCGCGGGCACGCAUACUGCGCAACAUGCGGGCUGGCGCCGAGUUCUACGGCAUGAACCUGGUCCGCAUCGCCUGGCCCGCGCAGGACUGCGUGAGCCAUCCAAUCAUCUUCGACAGCUUGCACAGGGCUUCCGGCUGCCAAAAGAUC